UAGCUCAAACGAACCCCCUUCGCCUCCAUUGUGAGGAGCAGACCCCUCCUGACCUCAUUAUGCAGCCACCCCAUCCCCCAGCACUCUCCUCAACCACGCACACACACACACACACACACACACACACACACACACACACACACACACACACACACACACACACACACACACACACCUCCUCAGCAGGCACGUUUCUGCAUCUUUUCUGUGUGAAUCUUACUGAAGCUGGGCAAAAUGAACUCCCUCCCAUCUUUUUAGUAUAUGACCCAUAACCUAAUGAACCAAAAGUCCGAGGACCACAGUAUUGAUUGGAUUGGAAAGCAUUGUAACUGAAGUUAUUACACUGCUGGAGCAUAUGCCUUUAAAUUAAUCUGGGUCAGCAGUGGAGCAAGCAGCUCUAUGGGCACGAGCUCAAAACAUCCAAAUUCAAUAUUUUAAAUAAUAAUUAUAUUGAUAAUGACAGUUGUGAUCCUGUUAUUGUUUCGCUGCUGUUAAUGAGCUGUCCAAGCUGGAAAAUUAGCCCCGCAGACGAAAUGCUCCGCUACCUUCCAGUCUUUUUAUAGCUUGCUCUCCCAUGGUUCCUAGUUUAUAUUUUGAGGAGGGUGGAGUAUUUAGUAUUGCAGUAAUGGGGGGGGGGGCAGCUGUAACUCUAAACCCAAUGUCAGAGUAUGAGUGACUCACGCUGUGUAGGGACUUAUUUAGUCUGCGUUGGCUGGACAGGGGCGAGCGUGUUUCUGUGUUUCUCUGCAGGCGGAUAUGACAAUGGGACGACUCCUCUGAGUCGUGAGACCAAGAAGCUUUCAGACCAUGUUUUGAGGGUGGGGUCUGACGUGAGCGUGGUCCUGGCAGUCGGAGGUUAAAGGCCGCAUGUAGCCGGGCCGCGUGGGUCAGGCCGAAGCACCAGAACCAGCCGUAGUUCAUCCUGGGCAUCAACUUAAGCAGGUUUUCAUCCGGCGACGAUGAACCUCGAGUCGUCCGCUCUCACCCAACAACAGGCUGUGGCAGCAAGUAGCAGAAGAUCAAGAGUCGGUGUGAAGAAGUCGACUCCAAGCUCCUGGGCAGAAGACACGCGGGGCCGGAGAAGCGCCGGCGGACACAAGCGCUCGGCUUCAUGGGGCAGCGCGGAGCACCUGAGGGAGGUGGCCAAGCUGAGGCACCAGCUGCAGAAGCGCUCCCGUCACACCCCCCCCUCGGCAGGAUACGAGCUCCCCCAGCGCCCGCUGCCCGCAGGCCACGCAGCCGGCGUCACCCAGACGAUGCCCCUGAUGCCCCUGAACCGACUCGCCCCUCGCCUGCGGCGAAGUGUGGAAGGCCUUAAUCUGGAACUGGAGGAGGUGUUUGUGUCUGAGAAACCUGAUGAUGACCAUGAGAUUUUGGACAUCCCAGAUGGCCACAGGGCCCCUGUCCCUGCACAAAGAUGUAGCAGUGGUUCUCAGAGUGAGCCGUCUCCAGGGCCCUUGGAUCCUUCUCUCCUCUCUCCUUCUCAGUCCCCUUGUCCUCUAGAUCCAUUACUUCUGUCCCCUUCAAGUUCCCCUUGUCCACUCAACCCAGUGCUUUUGUCUCCAUCAGAGUCUCCCUGUCCCAUGGGAGAAGCAGACCUGGCGGACUGCGAGACCCCGUGUUCUUCUGCAUCAACAUCGCUGCCUUCGUUUGCCCUGGACCCUCCUCACCUGCAGCCCUGUUCUACGUCUCCUCGCCCAAACAAAACCUACUCGUUCCAGCGCCAACCACCAGAGGGAUGCGAGCGAGUACGAGUAUGCGAGGACACGCUGUCCACUUGUCAGGAUGAACCUCUCCUCCAGCCGUCCUGCCCUGAUCCCAAUAAAGUCAACUUUACCCCCCACGGAGGCUCUGCUUUCUGCCCUGUCAGUCUUCUGAAGCCCCUCCUGCCCUCCAUGGACCUCCUCUUUCGUGGCCUGUCUGUGUCUCCUGUCACAGGCUGCCCAGGUCAGGCCUCUCCUACCCGACACCUGGGCAUGCAGUAGGUGUGUAUGUGAGUAGAGCUCCUCAGGACUAAAACACACUGCUCUACUGAGAUCUGGACAAACUGGAAGUUUGGAUUUAUGUGCUCAUCACUGAUGUAAAAUGAUAAUUGUGAAGAAAAAAAAAGAGACUUUUUUUGAAUAGUGUUUGUUGUCAUCAUUCUUUAGACUGAAUUAGAUGACUGGAUUUCUGAUUUUAUUUCCACCUGAAUCAUGCUGUGAUUGAGCUGAUGAACCAAAACGAGUCAAUUCAGAGUCAGAAACCUCAAGCACUUAAAAUGUGCUUUACUGUUGACUCUUAUUGUUUGCAAAGCAAUACAUUUAUAAAACAAAUUACUUUGUUUGUUACUGAAAUUUCAUAAAACCGUGGUUGAAGAUGAAUAUUAUAGCCUAUAGUUUACAGUGGCUUACUUUUAUACAGAAGUAUUUCUAGAAAGAGAUAUAUUUUUGUAACUUUGUAGGCUGGGGAUGCUGUUUUUGUAUUUACCAAAGGAAUCUUGCCUUUGUUUACACUCCUGUGGUUCAAGCGGGAAUGGACUUCUUAUUAGUUCUACUUGCAUAGAGCAGGAACCAUUAUAAUCAAAUUGCUAUUGUUGUUGCCAAUUUUGAACUAAAGAAUUUGACUGUGUUAUGUGGAUAAUGUUCCUUUGUAGCUUGAAAUGUAUCUGCUUUGAUAUGAAAGAAGUUGAUUCCCUCUGAGUUCAAACGCAAUUGCAUAACUCACACUUCUAACGGCAUAAUUCUAUGCAAAUUGAAAAAUCAAAGCAUGAGCAAUUGUGUUUUUCAUCUAUUAUCAGAGCAGAUUUAACACAUUGUAGGGUGAUGACAGUUAAAGUCUUUAGUGUGCUGUAUCUUAUUGUGAUAAAAAAAUAAAGCUUUAUGAUUCAACGUCA